GGAAUCACUUGCUCGUGUAAAUCAUGGGGCUCGGACUUCUAGUGUUGCUGUGUGUGAUGGCCGGCGGCUGGGCCGAGGACGCCACCGAAGCCAGCACCACGACGACGACACAGAUCCCGAUCCUACGGCAGGUCAACGAAGUCAACGAGGACGGGACCUACACCUACGGCUUCGAGGCCGCCGACGGAACCUUCAAGCUGGAGACCCGCGACGAGAACGGCAACGUCAAGGGCAAGUACGGCUUCCUGGACGAGUUCGGAGAGCUCAAGAUCGUCGAGUACAGCGCCGGGAACGAGACGGGCUUUGCGCCCACGUCCGAUCUCCUGCCCAAGCCUGUGCCCGUCCCUGAGGUUCCUCAGAUUCCCCAGCAGCUGCCGAACAUCCCCACUCUUCCGAGGCCCCAGUUCAACCCACAGCGGGUGCCACAGCCCCAACCUCAGCCCCAAUUCGUUCCCCGCCCACAGCCCCAAUUUGCUCCCCGCCCACAGCCUCAGCCACAGCCCCAAUUCGCUCCCCGCCCACAGCCCCAAUUCGCUCCCCGCCCACAGCCUCAGCCACAGCCCCAGUUCGUUCCCCAACCGCAGCCCCAAUUCGCUCCCCAACCUCAGCCCCAAUUCGUGCCUCGCCCCCAACAACCCCAGUUCGUGCCCCAGCAGUUCAGACCCCAGCCCCAAGUGCCUCAGCGCCCAAUCAACGUGGAACUUGACGGCUUCUCAGAGGACACGAACCAAGAUGGCUUCGUCGACGGUUCUCCCGAGGAGGCUGCCAAGGGAAAGCCUGUAACACCUUCAGGAGCUCCUUUCCUUCCAGGCAGGCCUUCUCCUUUUCCGGCACCCCGACCUGCGCAACCUCGUCCUCAGCCACCGUUCGUACCUCAGCAGAUCCCUCAAGGCUUCAGCAGGUUCGUCCCCAAUCAGCCCCAGGUCACCCCUCAACUGACUACUCAACAGAUCCAGCAGUUACAGCAACAGCAGCGUCUUUUAGCAUCCCAACAGGGACAAGGUUCUCGCCAGUUUAUUGCUCCACAGUUUACUCCACAGCAGUUCGCUCCUCAACAGUUUGCCGGACAGCAAUUCGUCCCUCAGCAGCCGCCUCGGUUCCAGUAACUGCGGUUAAAUUAGUCGGCUAGUGGUUUUGUUAUGGUGUUUCAUAGCUAUUUAUCACUCCUUUGGAAAUCCUUUAAUUUUCAUUACAUAUAGUACUUUCCUUUAUAGUUAUCUGUACAAUACCCAAAUGUAAAUAAAAUGAGACUAAUAUCUA